AUGCAAGACCCAAGGCCGCCUGUUGGGUAUGACAGUCUCAUGAUGGGCUUGAAUGAUGCCCAUGAAAGCGCAGCUCCGGUGGCCGAGUCGAUUAACCCCAAGGUGAUCACAUACCAGGGCGUCACAACUCCGGGGUCUGGCGCAGUCUUUCACAAUCAAGCGGGUGAUCUCCACUCAUCCACAUUGUCAUGGAUUAUGCCCCCUCCCAUCUUGGGGGACGAACUCGCUCCUCAGGUUCCUUCCGAUACGCUCGACGGCUUUAUGCCAUACAUCCAGACGCAAGACGGUCUCUAUUGUGCCACACAUCUUGACCAGGAGCAUAUGCCAAAGCUUCCGACUCCCCGCCAUCUUAACUGCGACGGCGCAAUAGAAUGGUCCCAGAACGAUUCAGCCUAUGCAUUCAAUGAUCUAUUCGAGUCGGCGGUCAGCUCGAACACAUCUCAAAGUUCCACCUGUCAAGGAACCCCCAAUGCCAUCCAUGAAAGCUUUCGCUACAAUGUGACCUUAUCCGCACCGGUGGCGAUGUUCCCGCAUGCUGAUGGGAACCCAGUGACGUAUCUCAACAAGGGCCAUACCUACAUCCUGAAUGUAGUCGACUCCAGUCCGCCCCUCGUGAAUGCUGGACCUGUUACAUACCGAACCUAUGUGCGCGUUACAUUCGAAGCAGAAGAACAGCGGUCUAAUCCGGCUGUCGCGUGGCAACUCUGGAAAGCGCUUCGGGGCCAACAAGGAGCACUGGACCGGGAGGGCAUGCCUCUAGGUGUAGAGUUCGGCGAAUUCCUCCAUGGAGACGCCAAAGAUGGGGCCAAUCCCCGAGUCCGAGCCGAACAGGCCUCCAUUGAUCAAUUUUCCGUCAUAUGGACCAGUGAUCCAGCCAAACACGCCGCUUCCUGCGAUAUUCCCGUCAAGUUCAACUUCUUAUCGACCGACUUCACUCGUGCAAAAGGGGUGAAAGGUGUGCCUGUUCGACUCUGUGUUCGGACAGAAAUGUUGCUCGAGGAGUCGAGCGGAUCUGAAAUGUGCUACUGCAUCGUCAAGCUCUUCCGUGAUCACGGUGCCGAACGAAAAAUGACGAACGACGAAGCCUCCGCCAAGAAGCGGAUUGAAAAGCUCAAGCACGAAAUUGCCAAGGAAGAGGCUAAGGCUCUUUCCUGCAAGCCAAGUCGCAAGCAUCUUUCACCAGGGGAUGGAAUGCUCGAGGCCCCUCCACAGAAGAGGCGACGCUCGGCGUGGCAGAGCGACCCAAUCCUCCACCACAAACUACACACUGAGCUUUCUAAAUUGACAAGCUUGCUUUCGUCCGAGCGUGAGAUGAGUAGACUUGGUCUUCGUGGGGCUGUUCAGGAUGAUCCAGUGGUCUGUCCUUUUGCUCUACCAACCGAGUCGGACUCGUCUACAGGAGAUGAGAGAACGGGGCCCAUUCGUGACGGACACAGGAAAUCUUUCUCAUCCGUGGUACCUGCAUCCAGGGCGGUCGACAAUAGUCCGAGUAGCCGCAGCAUCGCUCUUUUGGAAAGUUCACUCGAGACUCGAAGCACGACGAGUUCCGAAUCUGCAAACUCUACCCCAGCAUCCAGUAUAGCAAGCACUCGCGAAUCAUCUGCGGGCAGAUUCUCUCGAUAUGCUGCAUGCUUUCUCGUUCAGUUCGUGCGAAACGGGAAGCCCCUCCAUAGCUACCACCAUGCGAUAUAUCUAAGCGCACGGUCUGAAUCGGAACUCAACCAGAAGUUGGCCGAGAAACUGCCGAUCAGUCCGGAUCAAUUCCGGGUGAUCUGGGUCAAUCCCAAAGGUGUGAAGGUUAUAGUGGAUGACGAUAUGGUGGAACAGAUUCCAGAGGCGCAGGUCAUGAGUGCAGAUAUCUCUGCACUCCCAUCAAGGAAUGUGGCAGGUCCAGCUCCGUUGGUUUCACCCUCUGAAAUCAGAUUAAUAUUUUGA